AUGGAUCUCUAUCAAUUCUAGGGUUGCAACAUGUGGUAGAUAGAAGGGAAUCUCUGAAGGCAAACAUGAGGGAAAAGAAACAUGUUGAAAGGUUAUCUUUGGAGUGGAGCGGAAGUAAUGCUGACAAUUCACAAACUGAAAGAGACAUACUUGAUGAGCUACAACCAAAUACAAACAUAGAAGAACUCCGAAUCACUGGCUAUAGAGGAACAAAAUUUCCAAAUUGGCUAGGUGAUCCUUCAUUUCAUAAGCUAAUAGACUUGUCUCUUAGCAACGGCCAAGACUGUGAUUCCUUGCCAGCGCUUGGACAGCUUCCUUGUUUAAAAUUCCUUACCAUUAGAGGGAUGCAUCAAAUAACAGAGGUGACUGAAGAGUUCUAUGGUAUUUCAUCCUCCACAAAGCCAUUUAAUUCUCUUGAGCAGCUUGAAUUCGCAGAGAUGCUGGAGUGGAAGCAGUGGCAUGUACUGGGGAAGGGAGAGUUCCCUGUACUUGAGGAACUUUCGAUUGAUGGUUGCCCAAAGUUGAUUGGGAAGUUGCCUGAAAAUUUUUCUUCUCUGAGAAGAUUGAGGAUAUCAAAAUGCCCUGAACUCAGUUUGGAGACACCUAUCCAACUUUCAAAUUUAAAAGAGUUUGAAGUUGCUAAUUCUCCUAAGGUUGGAGUUGUUUUUGAUGAUGCUCAAUUGUUUACGUCUCAACUUGAGGAAAUGAAACAGAUUGUUAAAUUAGAUAUUACUGAUUGUAAGUCUCUUACCUCCUUACCUAUUAGCAUUCUGCCGAGUACCUUGAAGAGAAUAAGAAUCUCUGGUUGUAGGGAACUGAAAUUGGAGGCGCCGAUCAAUGCUAUUUGUCUGAAGGAAUUGUCUCUAGUAGGAUGUGAUUCACCUGAGUUUCUCCCAAGAGCACUCUCUUUGAGUGUAAGAAGUUGCAACAACCUUACAAGGCUUUUGAUUCCUACUGCCACUGAAACAGUCAGUAUUAGAGAUUGUGAUAAUCUUGAAAUACUUUCAGUGGCAUGUGGGACUCAGAUGACAUCAUUGCAUAUUUACAACUGCGAGAAGCUGAAGUCGCUGCCAGAACAUAUGCAACAACUCCUUCCAUCUCUUAAGGAACUGAAACUGGUUAAUUGUUCACAAAUAGAGUCCUUUCCUGAAGGAGGAUUGCCCUUCAAUUUACAACAACUUUGGAUCUCCUGUUGUAAGAAAUUGGUGAAUGGCCGAAAAGAGUGGCAUUUACAGAGACUCCCCUGUCUCAGAGAUUUAACUAUCCACCAUGAUGGUAGCGACGAAGUGGUUCUUGCUGAUGAAAAAUGGGAGUUGCCUUGCUCUAUUCGAAGGCUUAGCAUAUGGAAUCUGAAAACAUUAAGCAGCCAACUUCUCAAAAGCCUCACCUCUCUUGAGUACCUAUUUGCUAAUAAUUUACCUCAAAUGCAGUCAUUGCUGGAAGAAGGGCUUCCUUCCUCUCUUUCUGAGCUAAAAUUAUUUAGCAAUCAUGAUCUUCAUUCACUACCGACCGAAGGUCUUCAGCGUCUCACGUGGCUUCAACGUCUAGAGAUUCGGGAUUGCCAUAGUCUCCAAUCUCUUCCCGAAUCAGGGAUGCCCUCUUCCCUUUCUAAGUUGACCAUCCAACAUUGCUCUAAUCUCCAAUCUCUUCCCGAAUCGGGGUUGCCCUCCUCCCUCUCUGAGCUGCGCAUUUGGAAUUGCUCUAAUGUCCAAUCUCUUCCCGAAUCGGGGAUGCCUCCUUCUAUCUCUAAUCUAUAUAUUUCCAAAUGCCCAUUGCUCAAACCACUCCUAGACUUUAACAAGGGGGAUUACUGGCCAAAAAUUGCUCAUAUUCCCACCAUAUAUAUUGAUUUGGAAUCCCAGUAAUGAUUUAAAAAAAUGGUGCUCUGAUAAAUUCACAAAGCGUCUAUUGCCACUGUGAAGCUGAGGAAUUAUCUUUGGAUCGGGAUGAAUUUAAUUUUAGAUGACAGCAAAAAAGGUGAUAAACCGAAAGCUGGUAUGUGUAGGAAUUGAAAUUAUUUGCUUCGGAAAGUUGAUAGCACUUCAUGUAUUCUUGUUCUUUCCGUUUUUCAGUGAGUUAGUUGAUCAAAGGACUAAGGAGAAUGGAGGUUUAGAGUAAUG